AUGAGUGCAACGAUCCCGUCAAGACCGCUAGUGCCCCAUAUACCCACCACCUGCUCACAAUGUUCCGUAUCUCUGGAAUUCCCUGUACCAACACCCGCGCCGCGCCCGGGGACACUGCUUAGCGUCCGCUGCUUCAGCUGCGGCACUGUCAUCUCGCACGCGUUCUACCCCACGCAGGUCCCGGCCCAAUACACCAGCCAGUCCCGGAGCUCAAUAGGCGUCAGUGGCGGCGGGAGCGGCGCGUCGUCCUCGCAGGGCGGGGCGCGCAAGGGGCGCAAGAUUGGGACGCAGGAGAAGCCGCUCGAGACGGCGUACUAUGAGCUGCUCGGCGUGCCGGUGGACGCGACGACGGACGAUGUCAAGAAGGCGUAUCGGCGACUGGCGAUCAAGCACCACCCGGACAAGAACCGCGACGACCCGCAUGCGGAGGAGCGGUUCAAGGAGAUCGCCAUUGCGUACCAGACGCUCUCGGAUCCGGAUUUGCGGAAGAAGUACAACGAGUUCGGGUCGAAGGAGAGUGCGCCCGAGGGCGGGUUCGUCGACCCGGAGGAGAUCUUCUCGACGAUAUUCGGCGGAGAGCGGUUCGUGCCCAUCAUCGGGCAUAUCAGCCUGGCGAAGGACAUGAAGGCGGCGUUGCAGGAGGAAGAGGAGAGUGAGGAGAGCAUACAGCGGGAUGCAAAGGGGCGAGAGAUCUUGUCACCAGAAGAGAAGGCUCGGAGGGACGAGAAGGCGCGAAAAGUGGCGGCAGAGAAAGCGGCGGUUCGGGCUGAGCGUAUACAGAAACUUGUGGAGAACUUGGACCGAAAACUCUCGAUAUUCACGGAGUCGGCUUCUACUGUCAACGAUCCUCAGGUGACCGAGAGCUUCAGGACGAUCUGCAAGCUUGAGGCAGAGGAGUUGAAGAAGGAGUCCUACGGCGUGGACCUGCUACAUGCAAUCGGCUUUGUCUACUCUCAAAAGGCUAGACACUUUAUGGCCUCCAACCAAACAUUCCUGGGCAUGGGCGGUUGGCUGCACAAUGUGCAGGGCAAAUACCACGUGUUUAGCGAAACCGUUUCCACUCUGCGCGCCGCUAUGGAGCUAAAGGGCGUCUUCGAGCAAAUACAAGCAGCGGAGAGGGCAGGGAAUCUCACCCCGGAAGAGAAGCAGAAGCUGGAGGAGCAGGCGGCGGAGAAAGGCAUCCAGACUCUGUUCAAGGGUGCGAAGCUUGAAGUCGAGUCCGUCCUGCGCGAGGCGUGCGACCGCAUACUCGAGGAUCCGAACAUCCCACGCACGAAGGCUCAACUGCGUGCUGUUGCGCUGCAGCUUCUCGGAGAGGCGUACUUGAGCGUGCGCAAGGAAGAGGACGAGCGGCGGGAGGAGAACGAGUACGUGCGGGUCGAGACGAGCAGCAGCCGCAAGCGGGAGUCGUACCGUGCUCCGCAGUAGGCGGCGGGUGCGUGACUGUUCUAAAGAUCGUACUGCUAGUGCUUGAUUGACUGCUCGUUAUACUGUACAGUGGCAUUACAUACAUACUUUGGUAGAAGGGAUGUAGCUAUAUUAUGAUUUUUGCUCAC